AUGUUUCUUAUGAAACCUUAAACCCCAACAUUCGGAGAUAAAAAUAAUUCAAGAAAACCUUAGAUUUAGAUCAAUGAAAUAAAUAGUAAUUCUCGCUUUUAUAGUAUCCCUACUCGCUAGACAAAUGCCCAAAGCAGAAGUUCAUCUUAGAGAAAAAAAAAAGAUUAAAUGAUUAAAAAAUGGAAGGAACUUUAUGAUGAACAAACCAAUUUUUACAUGAGAUUGUUGAAAGUCAAUAACAUUGAAUUAAUUGAGUUACCUAAGUUUUAACUAUAAAAAUGA